AUGGCUAAAGGAAAGGGAGCCACAGAGUGUUCAUCUGACAAAUGGAUCAAACCCUCAGACUUGCAGCUUAGCAAAGACACACACCAGAUUCAUCAGGACAGUAGACUUUCCAUAUGUAACAAGUUAUGUUUUGCAAUCGGAGGAGCUCCAAACCAGGUGACUGGAAGUGCCACUGGCUUUUUCCUGCAGAUCUAUUUGCUUGACGUGGCACGAAUUAGCCCAUUCCAAGCUUCCCUGGUGCUGUUUAUUGGAAAGGCAUGGGGGGCAGUAACUGACCCUGUCAUAGGCUGUUUUAUCAGUAAAAGUAAAUGGACCCAGAUCGGAAGACUUAUGCCCUGGAUGAUGGGCUGCACUCCUUUUGUGGUGGUCUCCUAUUUCUAUCUGUGGUAUGUUCCUCCAUUCCAUUCAGGGAAGUUCAUGUGGUACCUGGGGUUCUAUUGUCUUUACCAAACCAUGAUAACGUGUUUUCACGUGCCUUACUCGGCCCUCACCAUGUUCCUCAGUACAGAUCAGAAGGAGAGGGACUCUGCUACUGCCUACAGAAUGACCAUGGAAGUGUUUGGCACUCUGAUUGGAGCUGCGAUCCAGGGGCAGAUAGUAGCCAGCGCUCAUGCCUCAGAACACUGUCGCCUCUACAACGUGUCUACAGAAGUGACUGGAAACGACAGUGAAGAAUCAUACAAUGUGCACAGCCCCAUCAGCCCUGCCUUAACUCAAGAAUUCCUCUCCCAUGCAAAAGAAGUCUACAUGAUUGCUGCUGGUGUGAUAGGAGUUGUGUUCCUACUGUGCACAGUGGUUCUGUUCUUGGGAGUAAAGGAAAAAGAUGAUCCCUAUGCAUUGAAGACAGACAAGCCCAUUGAAUUUCUCAAAGGGUUUAAACUGGUGAUGCAGCAUGGACCUUACAUUAAACUGACAGCAGCAUUUCUCUUCAUAUCAGUUGCUGUACAGCUGGUGCAGAGCAACUUUGUCCUGUUUUGUACCUACGCUAUAGACCUCCGAGAUCACUUUCAGAACAUUGUGUUGACAGUCCUGAUGUCUGCUGUUAUGAGUAUUCCAUUGUGGCAGUGGUUUCUGAAGAGGUUUGGCAAGAAGACGACGUCAUACUGUGGCAUUUCAUGGAUAAUACCAUUCACAGUUAUGCUGGUUUGCUUCCCAAAUCUCAUUGUGGCCUACGUGGUGGCUGUCUCGUAUGGACUUAGUGUUGCUGCCUCUCUGUUGUUGCCAUGGUCAAUGUUGCCGGAUGUUGUUGAUGACUUCAGAUUAACAAAUCCACACUCAAAGGGACAUGAAGCUAUCUUCUAUUCGUUCUAUGUAUUCUUCACAAAAUUUGCUGCUGGUAUUUCAUUGGGAGUUUCUACACUGUGUCUCGAGUUUGCUGGCUAUGACACAGGAGCUUGUAAACAGCCACCUGGCGUGGCUUAUGUCCUGAAGCUUCUGAUUGGAGCAGUUCCUGUAGUGUUUAUAGUCACUGGGUUAAUUGUUUUUCUGCUGUACCCAAUCACCGAGGAGGUCAGGAUAAAGAACCAACAUUCACUCGGGCAGCUCAGGAAGUAUUGCAACAAUUCAGGGAGUCAAGCAAAUGAAGUGAGAAGUAUUGCGUAGCAGUCUUUAACAAACGGAAGAUACUGGAAACCUCUCAUUCCAGGCAACCUGGGAUAUGCUUCAUUAUUGGUGUAAAUUACACUGCAAACAAAUUGACUGAUUAUUACAGUAUCAUUAAAGAUUUCAGUGCUGUAUUUUUUAAACCAGUAGUUUAACAGUUAAAUAUCUAUAGAUCUAAUUUAAAUGUAUUUUACAAAUAUUUAGGUAAGUUUAUUUCCGGGAAUGUUUACAUUGUAUUGAUUUGGAUUUUUUUUUUUUUUUUUUUUUUUUUUUUAAGUACAACCCAAUAAAUUGAUAAGAUUAUUUUAGUGAA